UCAUAUAGGAUGGGUACUUAUUUCUGAUGAAAUUUUUCUAGUUUCGCUUUAGAAACUUUCACUUUAAUUUAACAUCAUGGGGACUCAGUCUCUAGAUAGACUUGUACUGGAAGCUGUAGAGGAGAGAGGAAGCAUAGAGACAUUUGAAUUUGCCAAUGAAUGUGGAAAAGACCAUCAGUCCAUUGUUGGAAGUGUAAAGAGCAUUCAUGCUCUCGGAGAUGUAAUAAAUGUCGAGCAACGCCAAACAGAAGGCUGGGUGCUGACCGAGGAAGGAAGUGAAAUUGUUGAGAAAGGAAGCCACGAGUUUCUUGUUUUCAAAGCUGUUCCAGCAGAAGGAUUACUUCAAUCGGAAAUCAAGAAACUUGGUCCACACGCUAAUGUGGGUUUUAGUAAAGCCAUGUCAGCAGGCUGGCUUCAAGUGAACAAAACUGCAGAGGGAGGACCUAGAGUAAUGAGGAAGGAAGAGAAUGUAGAAGAUGAUGUACAACUUGCUCUGAUGAAGAUCAGGGAUCAUAAGCUGUCAGAUAUCUCUGAUGCAAAGAUGAAAGAAUUAAAGAAAAGGAAGCUGAUUAAAACACAAAUCAUCAAGAGUUUUCAUGUGACAAAAGGCAGUGAAUUCAGCACAUCACCCACAAAACUAGAAGCUGAUUUAACUGCAGACAUGUUGGCAAGUGGUUCCUGGAAAACAAAACAGUUCAAGCCGUACAAUUUUGAUGCACAAGGAAUUAUACCAACAUCAGGACAUCUUCAUCCUUUGAUGAAAGUUAGAGCACAGUUCAGACAAAUCUUUUUGGAAAUGGGGUUUUCAGAGAUGCCUACCAACAACUUUGUAGAAAGCUCAUUCUGGAAUUUUGACUCUUUGUUUCAACCUCAGCAGCAUCCAGCUCGUGAUGCACAUGACACAUUUUUUAUGGCAGGUCAUUGUAAUAUUUUUUUUUGUAGAUAUCAAUAUGAGUGGAAACUUGAAGAAGCUAAGAAGAACAUUCUCAGGACUCACACAACUGCAGUCAGUGCUAGGAUGCUAUACAAACUGGCUCAACAGGAAAAAUUCACACCAGCCAAGUACUUCUCCAUUGAUCGAGUCUUCCGGAAUGAGACACUAGAUGCUACUCACCUAGCAGAGUUUCAUCAGAUUGAAGGUGUUGUUGCUGAUUAUAACCUGACACUUGGUGAUCUGAUUGGCGUACUGUAUGAGUUCUUCAAGAAGUUAGGUAUUACAAAGUUAAGGUUUAAGCCUGCAUUCAAUCCUUAUACAGAACCAAGUAUGGAAGUGUUCAGUUAUCAUGAAGGCCUGAAAAAGUGGGUUGAAGUUGGCAAUUCUGGAGUGUUUAGACCUGAGAUGUUAAUACCCAUGGGUUUGCCUAAAGAUGUGUCAGUCAUUGCCUGGGGACUCUCCCUAGAAAGGACUAACAUUGGUAACCUAAACACAUAA